AUGACGAAGAAGAUUGAGUACUUCCUGGACUUGUUACUGCAAGCGAAUGCACCCGGGAAAUUACGUAGCGCCACCUAUGAAAGUUCGUCUGCAUUUCCCGGUCUCAGUUUCCGCAGCAUUUAUCACAUCCUUAUGUUUCAUGGUAUUUUAUUGUGCACAUUGUCCUGUUUACUGGGAUGUGCCCUCCUAUUAAAUGCAGGAGUAACCACAGCAACACUAGGCAUUGUACAGGCAGUGAUUCACCCAUGCAGUAUAAAAACAUCUCAGCUAGGAGAUGGUUUGGAAGCUUCUUGUCAAGAAGGGAUAGACAUUAUAUUGAAGACAUCAGUGAAAGCGAUGCAGAAGAAAUCACAAUUUGUUACUGUAAAUGAGGCCUACAGCCCAGACGAUGGAGAAGACGUGAAACUUUUAAAUCCGUUAUUGAUACAUGUGCGUCUAAAGAAUACAAAACUACUGUACCCACUGAAGUACAUACAGAGAGUUAACAACAAAGCUUACGAAGUUUUCUUUCACAAGGACAACACAAAAAACUAUCAUGGUUGUAAGGAAAGUUCCAUCUCUGAAAUGUGUGGGAAAGUACCUGGACAAGGGUCUGACACAAACAAGGGGUUUUGCUGUUCCUGUAAUGGCUACAACAGUGACAUGUCUUACCACAUCCGCAGUGGACAGGACUGCAGUAACAUAAACAUACCUUUUCCGCAGGGUUCCAGUCCCUACCUUUCCAGUACUCACUGUCUCAGAUACGACUCCGUGUGGUACAAUGUUUACCAGUUAAAAAAGCCAUCCAUAGAAUAUGAGUUAGCUGUAGAGAUGUAUACAGUAGAUGGAGCAGGGGGCCUGACACCUGUUACAGAAGACAGCAUGGUGGUGGGAACAUCUACCUCAACCCUUCUCUCCAGUGACGGCAAGGUUUCUAUCAGCAUCUUGAAUAUACAGCACCAACUGAGGGAUGAGGAUCCACUUGGCUACAAAAGAAAUGUUAUUUUAAUUCCUGAACAGCUUGAAAAGAAGUUGGAAGUCGAACAACUUCCUCUACAAUUACAGGGUAAUGCAUCUGAGUUUUUGGUACUGAAUGAGGACAAUUUAGCCCUCAGUGGUGGUGUCUGUGAUAAAGUGGGUGUGUCUUUUAAGGCCUUCGUUGACCAGAGACACAGAUGUAGGAAACCUGCUCAGAGUUGUCUUAAUAAUCAACCAAUGGAAUUUUGGUUGCAUGAUAUUGAGAAACAGCUUCAAAGGAAACCCACCAAAUACUUUCUGUCUGGGUUUGCUAAGAUUAACAGCACACCCCUGCUACAGAAAUCUGCCAGCUUGUUUUUGUCUCUCCAUGCAAAUGGUGAAUUGACUGCUAACCUGAUCCUACAAGUCAAAGUCGGCAACACCUUUCCAGCCAGACAAGGGAAAUCAGCACUGAUUACAAAGAUUAUUCACACUAGAGAGCAGAAGAUGGACAGACUGUCUAUAACUGUGUAUAACCCUGGUCUGCUGUUAGAGACCUACACUGUUUCACUACAUUCCUGUAACACAAGUAAAGUCACAUCCAAGAGCACCCAGGUAGCUGUUCCAGCCCACCAUUCUACUGAUGCAGUCUUCAAAUUAAAAAAUUUGACUGCUCACCAGAUAAUAACAUGCACAGUGUCUGUGUCUAACCACCUCAUACAAAACGUGAGUGAGCGAGCUUUUUGGUUCAGAGAGGGAGAGAUUUGUAUCUGUAUGGAGAAGGUCCAAUGUACAUGCCAGAGUCAAGGGUUCCAUUCUCAUUUUUCUCUAGAAAUUGGUGUCUACCCUUCUGCCAAAACUCGGUCAUUGUUACUUCAAGGCUAUUUCUCGGGUCCAGAUGAUCAGAGAUUUGUUGUCCUCCUUGUCCUGCUGGUGCUAAUCAUUCUAGGUUUCGUGAAAGGUUUACUUAGUUUGGCCUUCCCAGUACAGGUAGGUCAAUGUGGUCUUUGCCUCUUACUCAAAGGGACACCCCUAUAUGCUUACUAUGAACAGGAGCUCCAAGCAUUUGAUAUAGCACACAAUGAAGAGGGAACACCAGUUCAUCCUGUCACUCACAAGCCUGUACAGUUGCUGUCUAGAUGUGAACUGGUGUUUCUCAAUCUGUUUUUUGGAUUCUACAUCAUCUUUAUCCUUCCACAUUAUUUUCUGAACCAAUGUAGACGACACAAACAUCAGCAAGAAUGUCAGAAGAAUGUUAGAAACAAUCAAGUGAAUUUACCAGAAAAAACUGAAAGACAAUUAGAUGUGCCACCAAGUAGGAGUUCACCCAAGAUCAAUCCUAAGGCAGUCACAUCUGUUAUGUCUAAAUCAGAGAAGGAGUUGGUGUUGGAAAUUUACAAAAAGCAAAAACAGAAACUAUUGCAUCAUAAAGAAGUCAGCCAAUCAUUGUCUAAAAAUGAGAUGGGAUCAUACCGAUACGACAUCACUCCUCCAGAUUUUGACAUUGAUGAAUCUCCUAAUAGAAGGAUGACAAGAAUUAAAGAUACUCAAGGACGGCAAACUGGAUCAGACUUCUUUGCACAAAAACAGACACUGCAAACUUUAUUACAGACAAAUCCUGUGUACUGUAAUAUAGACCGUGAGACAUCGGUCUACCUCAAGAAUUCUGGGGAUAAAUACAGUCUAUGUGGUACCCUUGUAAAAGAAAAGAGAAAAUUUGUCUUCCAGCUGGGUGAUUAUACAUUACAGACUUAUGAGAAUGUUGGUUACCCGAAGUUGUUGUCCAGACCACAGAGGAUCAUACAUCCCAUAAGUUUCACCCUGUGUUUGACAUCAGUGGGCGUCCACAGGAUGAUUACAACGGAACCUCUCUAUCCAUGUCUGAACAGGAAGACCUGAAUACUCCCACAACUGGACAUAACUUUGGAACAGUCUCGAGACCUUUAAAAUUACAUAAAUAUUAAGCCUUGUAUACAGUACUUGGAGCCUUGUAUAUUAAAGAUAGAAAGUAUUACACAGAACAUGGUGCUUCAACUGGAUAUUUUUGUACAAAGACGUCCACGAUGCUGAUGAAAUAUUUCUGUGUCAAUCAAACUUUCAAAUGUUUCCCUGCUUUAGAACGAUCAGUUGAAAUAAGAACACAAUGCUAUACAGAAGAAUUACUGUAAACACUAAGGAAACUUUGAUUUAGAAAUUCCUUUCUUUGCUACACAUUUAAUAUGAUAGCACCAAACUUUUAUGUUUGAUAUUACCUGGUAUUAUACAGAUAUAUCAAAUUAACUUGACCUUGUCAGUGUUCGACAGUUGAAAUUCCAUUACAAGUACAUUCACUCUUGCCAAAUUUAAAUAUCUUGAUGACUUUUCAACUGUUCUAAUUUUAGGCUUUUAUGUAUUACAAUACUGAUUUCAGGUGAGAGUGUUGAAUAUAAGUUUCUUUUUUAAAGGGUAAAUGUUCAGUUACAUUAAGUGCCAAUUAGAUAUAUGGAUUUGUCAAUCUUUGCUGGUUGGAAUGAAACCCUUUAAAAUGUUAUUGUUACCGAUUUACUGAUCUCCAACACUAUCAGUAGUCAAAAGCCAUGUCAGUAUUGUUUGUUCUUUUUCAAGUAUUCAAUGAUUUCACAAAUACAGUUAUGAACUUCUACAAUGUUAAUCAAAGAAUUUUGCUAUUUAGUAAUUUAAUAUGGUUUAAUAUGUGAAAGUAUCUGUAUUUAGUUAAGUGCCAUUAUAUUGAUACAUGUAUGAGAUUCAUGAUUUUGUUAUUGUUAAUUUUUAUAAUUUUCUAGUGUGAUUCCAGUCAUUUUAUUAUGUAAUUUACUAACAUAUUUUUACUUCUAUGGGAAAAUUGAGUUUAGUUAAUUUGAUCAUUUAUUUAUAAAUAAAAUAUAUUAUGGAUGAAAGAUGCUUUCUUUUAAAUUUGAUUGUCAUUGUAAUGAACACUUCUUUAUGAAAGUUGCUCAUAGAAACUUUUAAACGAGUUUGUUGGUAUUGAGAUUAAGUGUUUGUUCCAUUGUAUGUAAUGCAUGUUAAACAUUUUGUAGAUAUUUUAUUAAUAUUUUGGUGCCAUUAUCAAAUUGAAUUCCUUGUUUAGUGUCAAUACAAUCAUUCCUCGUCAUUUAUUCAUCUAGUCAUCAUUAUACAAUGUACCUCAGGCAUUAUAUACAUGUACGAAACUUUUAGUUCAUAUUUGUUUUAACAUUCCUUAUAUGUAUUAAAUGUACAAAAGAAUAACCCACCAACUCCACUGUAAGUUAGAGCGGCUGUAUACUGAAAUCAAAAUAUUAUAACACACCCCACCCCCAACAACAAAAUUAGGGGGUAAAGAGGUUGGUCAGUUGUCUGUCCCUCAAUCCUGUAGUCUGCAUCUAGUUUCCUUGAGAAUUAGCUUACCCAUCAUCACAUUGAUUUCAGAAGAUUUUUCACAUGUUAAAGGGCACAAAUCCAUAUGGAUGAACAGACGUUGUGUAUUAGGCUCUGGCUAAAAAGUUUAGUUGAGCCUGUUUUAAAAACGAUUUCAUUUCAGUUAGAUCAUGAUGUUAUAAUGUUUGAUGAAGAUACAGGCGUUUUAUAAAGGAACUGAUUUUGAAUAAAAUUUGUCAAAAUAAAAGGUUGAAUAU